UCUUUCUCUUUCAUUUUUUCUCAAGCUUAUUAUAGACAUAGCCCACCAAGAAAUCCCACUGAAGCAAUCAUCAUGAUGAAACACCCUCUGCACCCAGCACUCCCUAAAAGCAUUUCAACUUCACUCGGUAGUCAUCAAAACAUUCCUUCCCUUAAAUUUACCACUCUCAUCUUCAUCACUGUCUCAGCCAAGACCCUCCUCCACCCUCCCCGAAAACCAUGAAACUUUCCUUUCUUCACUUUCUCUUCUUCUUCUUCUCCCUCUUCUUUCUUCAAGAAUCCAUAGUUCUCUGUGCUUCAAAUUCUGCAACUUCCCAACUCAGUGCUUUGCUUUCCCUCAAAUCCUCACUUAAAGAUCCUCUCUUUACGUUCAAUGGCUGGGAUAGCACGGCUAAUACUCAAGGUCCAGUUUGGUGUUCAUGGUCUGGAAUCAAAUGCCAACCCAACACAUCUUUAGUAGUCUCUCUAGACCUCUCUUACCGCAAUCUUUCCGGUCCAAUCCCAGCAGAAAUACGCUACUUGUCGGGCUUAAUUCACCUCAACUUGAGCAAUAACAGUUUUGCUGGACCACUCCAGCCAGCCAUUUUCCAACUCCCCCAGCUCAGAAUACUUGACAUAAGCCACAACGACUUCAACUCAACUUUCCCGCCUGGAAUUUCCAAGCUCAAGUUCUUGAGGGCCUUCAAUGCUUACAGCAACAGCUUCACCGGUCCUUUACCUCAAGAAAUCAUCAGACUCAAGUCCCUUGAAAAGCUUAACCUCAGUGGAAGCUACUUCGAAGGUAAUAUUCCACCAGGAUAUGGAAGUCUUCCCAAACUCAGGGAACUUGGUCUGGCCGGAAAUGCUCUUAGAGGCGCUAUACCACCUCAACUGGGGUCCUUAUCGGACCUCACUCGCAUGGAAAUCGGCUACAACGGUUUCACCGGUGAGCUUCCUGUCGAGUUGACAUCACUAUCAAACCUCAACUACUUAGACAUCUCCAAUAACUUGCUCUCCGGGUCACUCCCACCAGAGCUUGGCAACCUAACCAUGCUCAACAUAUUAUUCCUCUUCAAAAACCGAUUUUCUGGCACUAUCCCACCGAGCCUCGGAAACCUACAAUCUCUCCGAUUACUCGACUUGUCAGAAAAUCAGCUUUCCGGUUCCAUCCCAGCCGGCAUUGCCACACUAAUUGAACUCAACAGGCUGAGCUUAAUGAACAACUUCCUAGUUGGCGAAAUCCCAUAUCAUAUCGGAAAGCUUCCCAACUUGGAAACCCUCCUCCUAUGGAACAACUCCCUCACCGGAACCCUACCCCAAAACCUCGGCACCAACGCGAACCUCGUCCUCGUCGACCUCUCCUCCAACUCACUCACGGGCCCAAUCCCACCAACUCUCUGCAAAGGCAACAAACUCGGGAAACUCAUCCUCUUCUCCAAUUACUUCAACAACAAUCUUCCAAGGGAGCUAGCCCUUUGCACAUCACUACUCCGCUUUCGUGUUCAAAACAACAAACUCAACGGCUCACUCCCUCAGGGCUUCGGCUUCCUCCCAAACCUAACCUUCUUCGACGUAAGCAACAACAACUUCUCCGGCCCCAUUCCUCAAGACCUCGGCAAUGCUGCGAAGCUCGAGUACUUAAACAUCUCCCAGAACCCUCUCCGCGCAACUCUGCCUCAAAAUAUCUGGAAAGCCAACAGUUUACAAAUAUUCUCCGCCAUUUCCGGCCAACUUACCGGGAAAAUUCCCGACUUCAUCGGCUGCAAGAGCCUCUACAAGAUUGAAUUGCAAAACAAUGACCUCAAUGGGACCAUCCCCUGGGACAUUGGACACUGCGAGAAGCUUCUGAGUCUCAGCCUGAGUCGGAACAAGCUCACCGGAAUCAUCCCCUGGGAAAUAUCUGCUCUGCCGUCGAUAACCGACCUUGACCUCUCGUAUAACUUCCUCUCCGGCACGAUCCCCUCGAACUUCGAUAAUUGCAGGACGCUGGAGACCUUCAACGUCUCGUUCAACCUCCUUACCGGCCCGAUCCCGGCGUCCGGCGCGAUCUUCCCGAACCUCCAUCCGACGUCAUUUUCGGGAAACGACGGAUUAUGCGGCGUCGUUUUGCGCAAGCCGUGUGUGGCGGAGACUGAACCGGCCGGGGCUCUUGAUGUCGACCGUCGUGAGCAGCCGAAGAAGACCGCCGGCGCGAUCGUCUGGAUAAUGGCGGCGGCGUUCGGGAUCGGUCUGUUCGUCCUCGUCGCCGGGACGCGUUGCUUCCACGCGCGCUACAGCGGCGGGGUGGAGGAGAGGGGCCCGCAGGUGGGGCCGUGGAAGUUGACCGCCUUUCAGCGUUUGAAUUUCACGGCGGAGGAUGUGCUGGACUGUUUGCAGAUGAGUGACAAGGUCCUAGGGAUGGGUGGGACCGGGACGGUGUACAAGGCGGAGAUGCCAGGUGGCGAGAUCAUAGCGGUGAAGAAGCUCUGGGGGAAGCAGAAGGAGAGCAUAAUCCGACGGCGGAGAGGGGUUUUGGCGGAAGUGGAAGUGUUGGGUAACGUGAGGCAUAGGAAUAUAGUGAGAUUGUUAGGGUGCUGCUGCAACAGGGACUGUACUAUGCUGCUCUAUGAGUACAUGCCCAAUGGGAACUUGGACGACUUGUUGCAUGGCAAGAACAAGGCCCAGAAUUUGGGGGCGGAUUGGGUCACCAGGUAUAAGAUUGCCCUUGGUGUGGCACAAGGGAUAUGCUACCUUCACCACGACUGCGAUCCGGUGAUCGUCCACCGUGAUCUCAAGCCGAGUAACAUUCUGUUGGACGGUGACAUGGAAGCGAGAGUGGCGGACUUUGGGGUGGCUAAGUUGAUCCAGAGUGAUGAGUCCAUGUCUGUGAUCGCCGGUUCCUACGGCUACAUUGCGCCAGAGUAUGCUUAUACCCUACAAGUUGAUGAGAAGAGUGACAUAUACAGCUUUGGGGUUGUGUUGUUGGAGAUUUUAAGCGGAAAAAGAUCGGUGGAGGCGAUUUUUGGGGAUGGAAAUAGCAUUGUAGAUUGGAUUCGGACUAAAAUCAAGAGCAAAGAUGGGAUCAACGAUGUUUUGGACAAGAAUGCCGGCGCGGGUUGUACGCCGGUGAGGGAGGAGAUGAUGCAAAUGCUCCGAAUUGCUUUGCUUUGCACGAGUAGGAAUCCGGCGGACCGGCCGUCCAUGAGGGAUGUGGUGUUGAUGCUCAUUGAAGCCAAGCCUAAGAGGAAGUUGCUUGCUAGCCAUGUUGUUGGUCGAGAUCGUAGUGUGAGUUGUGGUGACAUUCCUUUGCCACAAAAGCCAACACUGGAUUGUUAAUACGGUUGUUACUUGUGGUUUUUCUUCUUUCUUUGGGUUUUAUUUUUACCUUCUUAUUUUUUAAAAAAUGGUGGGAAUUGGUAUAGGAGAAGUCUUAUUUUUUACGUUUUUCAAAUGGAAUUCCAAGUCAUGUUGUCCCUCUAGUUAUAAUUCUGGUUUGUUAACGUACGUAUAUAAAUUAAAGGGUGUUAAUCUGCC